AUGGCAUCAAGUGUAGUAACUAUGUCUGCUGCACCUAAUGCAGAGAUCAACAUUUCAUCUGCUGCGUCGAACGCGACGAAAACUCCCGAUGUCAAGCCAUGCUGUGUGUGCAAAGAGGAGAAGACGGCGCGCGACAACUGCAUGCUCUUCAGCCGCGCUGCGAAUCCAGAAGCUGACUGCGUGACGAUGAUCGAUAAGUACAAGAGCUGUAUGGCAGGCUACGGUUUUCGCCUGCCAUGA